CGCAAGUUAUUGCGCAUGUCAGUGACAACAUAGCGUAAGCGUACGCUAUUGUACAUUUUGUCUUCUUAAUAUUGCUUGAAUUUCAUUACACGUUCAUCAAAAAUGCCACCAAAGGGAAAGGGUGGCAAGGGUGGUAAAGGAGCUGCUUCAGGAAGUACAGACGCUGACAAGAAGGAAAAAGCACCAAAGGGAGGCACUGCUGUAAAGGUUCGGCAUAUCCUCUGUGAAAAACAUGGAAAAUGCAUGGAGGCAAUGGAGAAACUGAAGGCUGGAGUCCGCUUCAGUGAAGUAGCAACACAGUACAGUGAAGACAAAGCCAGACAAGGAGGUGAUCUGGGGUGGAUGACACGUGGCUCCAUGGUUGGACCCUUUCAGGAUGCAGCAUUUGCUCUACCUGUCAGUUCCAUGGAUAGGCCUGUCUACACAGACCCUCCUGUCAAGACAAAGUUUGGGUACCACAUCAUCAUGGUAGAGGGGAAAAAGUGAUGUCGGACAGCUCAACCCUUGAAAUUUGGACAUACAAAUUCUAUAGUGUUCUUUUCUAUUGGAACUGAUUGUUUUAUGAUCUGUUUCAGUGCAGCGGUUGCUUUAUGUCUCAUGAAAUGUUUAAGAAUGAUCCUUAUGUGUCUGCUUUGUCUUUGGUUAAAUGCAUACUCACAUACAUACUUCAAUAAUUCAAUCUGGGGGGAAUGUUCUUGUAAGUUUACCUUUUACAUAGUUCACUCGUUUCUUUUUUUCAGAUUGAUAACUUUUCUGGAAAGCAAACUACAAAUGGCCAAAUAAAUACAUUUUCACUCAA